UCGGAAGCGUUUUAAGAAUGCGUCUUAAAAUUAUAGUUUUUGUGCUUUUAGCCUUAUGCAUGAGUAAGGAGGUGUAUGGAAUUGUAAAUGGUCAACUAAGCAGACCACACCGAGCGGGUUACCAAGUCGCACUACUGCUUUCAACUGAUGUGCCGAAAAUAAAAAAAUACGACUGCGGUGGUUAUAUUGUCACGAAUCAAUGGGCUAUGACAGCAGGUCAUUGUUGCAGCCAGUGCAGUGACACACGUCCGUGCUCUAUUCUGGUUGGCGCCUACGAUCUUAAAAACAAGAAUGACCCCACUGCGCUCGUUGUGCCAACGGAACGUUUCGUUAUACACAAGAACUACAAACCACCAGCGGGGCUUGCAUGGGACGCUUGUCUUGUGAAAUUUGCGAGGGCUAUUGAUUUAAACGCCCAUACAAAGGCGUUAUGUGUCGCAAGUCAAACAACUGGCCUUCCGCUCCAAAAAACCUGCAAGAUAAGGGGAUGGGGAGUAACGCAGUGUACUCGAGGCGGUAAAAUGUUUGAUACCCACAGCAGCUCCGGAAGUGACGAGAUGAUAAGCAACCAUAUCCACUCAAAGACCGUUCUAAAGCUCCCAACAUCCAGCGUCAGUGCAUUCGAAGAAGAUAUUAUCGUGAAGGCUCCUGCUAGCCCAAAGUUAAAAAAACUUCAUGCAGAUUGGUUGUUAAAAUCCGAGUGCAAGAAACGCCACGUACUUCCAGAUUUCGCCUGCGCACUGACGAAAAAUUAUUCAGGGCCUUACAGCGGAGACUCUGGGGGCCCACUCACAUGCAAAGCUCUAGAUGGGAAAUACUAUGCCUACGGUCACUUCAUCACCGGUGAGUGCAAGCCCGUCAACGAGCCAGGAUCGUACGUCGAUUCGUCACUUAUAUUUGAGUGGGUAGCUGAGACCGUAGGACGUAAUGAAAUCAACAAAAGCUGUCGAUAAAGAUUGACAGUAGCGUCGGAUCAACAAGGAAGUCUACGAUCAGUAAGGUGCCAAUAACGGCGAUCUAGUAAUGGUUUUUUUUUCACGUCGACCACCAGAUACCAUUGGUCCGCUGGUAUAGCAUUUGUGGCGUUUGAAUCCAUUGAACAAUGAAGACUAAUUUAAAAAAGUCCUUAAAUAUUUACCGGUCUGCUUUGGAGUAUCGGCAGCUACUUUAUUAUAUCGAAUUUUUAAAAUUUUGGAAGACGCUGCAAGAAUAUUUUUGGCUUACGUCUAUCCUUUUCUAGCAGUUUUAACUCACUGUCUCACCUUUGAC